AAUUCUUCGUAUAUAUUUUAUACAUAUAUAACCUGUCCCGAAACGAUAUAUCACCAAGUCAUCACAUCUGCAGCGUACCACGCUUGAUAUCCAACUGCCAUGCGACACUCUCUGUAAUGAAAGCUAAACGUCCACGGAAUGCCAGAAAGCUUUUUGGCUGUGCAUUCGAAGGAAAUAUGAUUCAGACAGCGUCAACAGAGCCGGCAAGCGAUAAGUCUCAUUGUUUUGUCCAGUUUCUCACUUCACGCCCUGCCCUAAAGUCGUUUUUCUUUGCGCUCAAGCUAUAACCAUGAUGUACUCCAAGGCUGAAGUAGUCCAGGCAGGGAACAUGUCGCUGGGUGCAAUGCAUUGUACGCGAUGUGCCGACGGCUUCGAGCCGACUGAGAAGAUUGUCAACUCCAAUGGAGAACUCUGGCACACACAGUGCUUUGUAUGUGCCCAGUGCUUCCGACCCUUCCAGGAUGGCAUAUUCUAUGAGUUCGAGGGCCGCAAGUACUGUGAACGCGACUUUCACGUGCUUUUCGCUCCCUGCUGCAACAAGUGCGGCGAGUUCGUCAUCGGACGGGUCAUCAAGGCCAUGUCAGCUAGCUGGCAUCCACAGUGCUUCCGCUGCCAAUUGUGCGCCAAGGAGCUAGCUGAUUGCGGAUUCAUCAAGAACCAGAACCGCGCCUUGUGCCACGAGUGCAAUGCCAAGGUGAAGGCGGAGAUUACCGGCCGAUAUGUAUGCCAAAAAUGCCACGGCCUCAUCGACGAGGAGCCUUUGCGAUUCCGGGGCGAAGUGUACCACGGCUAUCACUUCAGUUGCACGGCCUGCGGCACAGAGUUGGAUUCCACUGCCCGGGAGGUCAAGAGCCGGCCAGGAUUGGCUGCUAACGAUAUGAACGAACUGUAUUGUCUGCGUUGUCACGAUAAAAUGGGCAUUCCCAUAUGUGGCGCCUGUCGUCGGCCGAUUGAGGAGCGGGUGGUAACGGCGCUCGGAAAGCACUGGCAUGUGGAACACUUCGUGUGCGCCAAGUGCGAGAAGCCCUUCCUGGGCCACCGACACUACGAGAAGCGGGGAUUGGCCUACUGCGAGACGCACUAUCAUCAGCUCUUUGGCAACCUGUGCUUCGUGUGCAACCAAGUUAUUGGAGGCGAUGUUUUCACUGCCUUAAACAAGGCCUGGUGUGUGCACCACUUUGCGUGCUCCGUGUGCGACACGAAGAUGACACAAAAAUCGAAAUUCUACGAGUACGACGAGAAGCCGGUGUGCAAAAAGUGCUAUGACCGAUUUCCAAACGAACUCAGACGACGUCUGCGCACCGCCCACGAGAUGACAAUGAAAAAGAACACCUAAUGCCUUGGAGCGAGUCUUAGAUCCACACCAAACAGUGCCUUUGUCGUUGUAGACCCGCUUUCACUACCGUUUUUAACAUUUGAGAAACUAAAACCAAACAAACUAAAA